AUGGCUAUGACCUUGGGAACCAACAUUCUAUGCACCGGUCUGAUUGUUGGACGUAUCAUUUAUGCUGCUAGAGGACAUCGUGGCAUCAUGGGCGGCAUCCGGACUUAUCGUGGUAUUAUUGAGAUUCUCGGUAAUGGAUAUAUAUAUGCCCAGAAGUUGGCUUAUCCUAUCACUGGUAUCGCACCUACCUUGAUCAUCGCCCGCGUUGCCUCGGGACAAGCCCGUCCCGUAGAGUCUUCACAUGAAACUCAAUCUUCCUUACACUUUCAGGCAUCUCGUGGAAGCACUACUGAAGCAGAGAUGGACGAUGUAGAGGAGGAUAUGAUACAGGGAAAUAUGGAAGGAACUAUGCUCAUUACAGGACGACUCGAGCUAUCUGGUUCGGUCGAAGAAGUCUGA